CGUCAGUCGGAAUCCCGACUGCGAGAGUUGUGGGCGCCAUAUUGUGUGGGUUUACAUGUUUAUGUUGAGCAGUGCUGCGGUUUAAAUGUUGUUAUAUCCCCUUUUACCUUACGUAUAAAAUUGGUAAAUUGAUUGUAAGGGGCGUGUCACCAAAACUCUUCGUCAUAGUACAGCGUGAAGUUUUGGAAGUGUUGUGUCAGUUAAUUUUCCAAGUUUGUUCUGAUAGGAGUAGAGAGACGACCCCAGACAGGAAUCUUUACUAGAAGAAGACGGUUUUCGGAAGUGAUCAAGAAUGCCUGUUCGUAAACAAGGUGAAGCACAUAGGGCGCUGGAGCUGCUUGAGGACUACCAUGAAAAACUGACAAAACCACAGGACAAACAGCUCCGGCUGGCCAUCGAACGCGUCAUACGGAUCUUCAAGUCUCGUCUCUUCCAAGCGUUGCUCGAUAUCCAGGAAUUCUACGAGCUGACACUUCUGGAUGAAACCAAGUCCAUCCAACAAAAAACUGCCGAGACGAUUCGAAUAGCAAAUAAGUGGGAGGCGAGCGACGGGCCCAUCACCCCCACAUAUGGCAACAAUGACGCCGGUCACGAUGGUCGAAUCCCGGGUUCUCUGCUUCCCCUCACACAGGCCCUCAUGACGCUGCAGGACCACCGUUCUGCGAGCCCAAAUGAGAUACAGCUAGCCUACCCACAGAAGACGCGGUACAGCGCAGAAGAGGAACUGCCUCCACCUCCGUCUCCUCCGCAGCUGAAAGAGGUUUCAGCGUUGGACGGAGUACCGCGGCCCGCAUCAACGGAGAGGAUCCUAGCAGAAACCGCAGCUCAACAUGUGAUCUUGAGGGACGACCUCCAGCAGAGCAAUGACAGCUGGCAGGGACAUGACAGCGAUCAGGCGCACACGCCACUCCUGUCAGGAGAUAACAAACAUAUGAACGGCGAUGCUGAGUGGGAGUACGAGGAGAUUGUUCUGGAAAGAGGCGGUGCAGGGCUGGGGUUCAGUAUCGCCGGCGGCACAGACAAUCCGCACAUCGGCGAUGAUACGGCCAUCUUUAUCACAAAGCUAAUCCCAGGCGGUGCGGCGGCGGCUGACGGAAGGCUUCGCGUUAAUGACACCAUUUUGCAGGUCAAUGAUGUGACCUUGGUGGAAGUCCCACACGCUGCUGCAGUCGAUGCGCUGAAGAGGGCCGGCAAUGAAGUCAGACUGUACGUCCGAAGACGCCGCACUCCUGGGAACAUGCGCUUGCUUGAGAUUGAGCUGCUGAAAGGCACGAAGGGCCUUGGGUUCAGCAUUGCUGGUGGAAUAGGCAACCAGCAUAUCCCGGGUGACAAUGGCAUCUAUGUGACGAAGAUCAUGGAUGGCGGCGCGGCGCAGAUCGACGGCCGUCUCCAGGUCGGAGACAAGCUGGUCGCAGUCCGCAACACGCCGGUCGGAGAAAAGAACUUAGAAAAUGUCACACACGAGGAAGCAGUAGCGACGCUGAAGGCCACGCAAGAGCGAGUUGUGCUGCUUGUGGCAAAACCUGAAACAGCUUACAUGCCACCUCCGCCAGAUGUCUCGAGUACACCGCCGCCGCCUCCCCCGUUGGCAACACCAGUGCCGUAUUCAGACUCGCUGAAUGCGUCUAUGGCUCUGCAGGCCUCGACACCGCGAGCUGUCAGUGAAGAAGACAUUUCUCGGGAGGUGCGAACUGUUGUACUCGGCAAAGGCAACACAGGAUUGGGUUUUAACAUUGUAGGCGGAGAAGAUGGUGAAGGUAUCUUUGUGUCAUUCAUUUUGGCCGGUGGUCCAGCAGACUUGAGUGGAGAAUUGCGACGUGGGGACCAGAUUCUCAGUGUAAAUGGCAUCAACUUGCGUUCUGCCACUCAUGAAGAAGCUGCUCAGGCACUCAAGGGUGCAGGCCAAACUGUGACAAUCGUAGCCCAGUACCGGCCAGAAGAGUACAACCGUUUCGAAGCGAAGAUCCAUGAUCUUAAACAGCAGAUGUCCCAACAGAUUAUGUCUGGCACGCUUAUGAGGACUUCACAGAAACGAUCUCUCUAUGUCCGGGCUUUGUUCGAUUACGACCCAAUUAAAGAUGAUGGGCUGCCAAGUCGAGGGUUACCUUUCCGCUAUGGUGACAUCCUUCAUGUAACAAAUGCAAGUGAUGAUGAAUGGUGGCAAGCACGGAGAGUCCUUUCCUCUGGUGAGGAGGAAGGGAUGGGAAUUGUGCCAUCCAAGCGCCGUUGGGAACGGAAGCAGAGGGCGCGAGACAGAACAGUCAAAUUUCAAGGUCAUGCAGCUGGAGGGGUCAUCCUUGACAAGCAAUGCACAUUAGAUAGGAAAAAGAAGAAUUUCUCAUUCAGCCGGAAGUUUCCUUUUAUGAAGAGUAAAGAUGACAAAUCAGAAGAUGGUUCAGACCAGGAACCCUCGCCUACCACACCGAACAAUGAUGGUGACCCUACGACAAUACCGUUCAUGCUGUGCUAUACACAAGAUGAUACUCAUACAGAAGGUGGUGAGGAAACUGUAUUGUCAUACGAGGCUGUACAGCAGUUGCAAAUCCAGUACACGAGACCUGUCAUCAUUCUUGGGCCACUGAAGGACAGGGUUAACGAUGACCUCAUUUCAGAGUUUCCAGACAAGUUUGGUAGCUGUGUUCCUCAUACAACAAGGCCAAAACGUGAAUAUGAAGUGGACGGGCGAGAUUAUCACUUCGUCGCUUCACGCGAACAGAUGGAACGCGACAUUCAGAAUCACUUAUUUAUUGAGGCGGGCCAGUACAACGACAACCUAUAUGGGACAUCGGUUGCAUCUGUUAGGGAUGUAGCUGAAAAGGGAAAACAUUGCAUCCUUGAUGUGAGUGGCAAUGCUAUCAAGAGGUUACAAGUGGCACAGCUGUUUCCCAUUGCCAUUUUCAUAAAACCAAAGUCUGUUGACUCCAUCAUGGAAAUGAAUAAGCGUAUGACAGAAGAACAGGCCAAGAAAACCUUUGAACGUGCCAUGAAGAUGGAACAGGAAUUUGGAGAGUACUUUACAGCUGUGGUACAGGGUGACACACCUGAAGAUAUCUAUGUCAAAGUCAAGGAGGUAAUCCAAGAACAGGCUGGGCCCACCAUUUGGGUGCCAUCAAAAGAUCAACUGUGACGGGGAGCCCCACCCUCCCCUUGGACCUUUCCCGCUCGUCACACCCAUUGAUUGGAUCAUGAAACACCACACUAGGCAGCAGUGUCUUCAGUCUGACUUUCCCUGAUUGCAUCAAUUUGCUGUCGAGAAGGGGUGCCAAACUGAGUUUUGCAAAUUUACCGGCUGGAAGAAGCUGUUCAUUCAGGGUGAGUUGUGCCAGGAGUGGGAGGACAGGCCAGCAGGAAGGAGAGUGGUUAUGACAACUUGACAAUUAGGGAGUGGAGGAGGAAAAUCAAAUAACCCCAAGUCACAAUGAUUGCCCCUCCCCUAUCCCUCUCGGUGUUUCAAAAUAUACAUUGUAACACAAGUUGAAUUACUUUUCUGAGUGGACUUGAACGGACUGCAGUGAAAAUUACAGGCAAUUUAUCGUCUGCCCACCUAUGGCUCGAAGUUAUUUUGCCUUUUUUUUUAAACAAAGACAUUCUAAAUGUCGCCAUACAGCCAUCUAAAGAUCUGUUAAAUUUUGAACUAUACUGGAAAUUCACUUAUCGCGUAUUGUUUCUCGUUCCUCACUGAGCGUAUCAACUCGAAACAGACGCUUUACUGGAUUGUGUUGUAAGUUAUGACAGAGUGUUCUAAUGUUUAAACAAUGUGUAUAUGUUAUCAGCUGGAAUGGAGUUUGUGUUCCUUCGUUAAGAUACUAGGGGAUUAGCGUAAUCUUCUAAUUAUGGUGGAUUCUCACUGGCCAAACUUUAUUUCCCCUCCUAAGAAUUAUUUAGUAACAUAUUUUUCGUAGCGGUUCCCUCUUGUUUACGACGUUAGUGGUACAUAUAAGUAUUUAAUCUUGAAAAACUGAGUGUACGUUGUAAUUUGCUUCUUGGGAUGAUUAGCAGAGCAGACAAAUGUGGAAGAUCACAACACGAUUGUCUUGAGAUGUAAUGGUGACAGAUAUUAAUUAACGUAACUUAGGUACUCUCACAGUAAUGGCGUGUAGCAUAAUGAAGGCAACAUCACCAGAUAGGCAGAAGAGAUAAGAUGCAUGAUAUUGCUUGUCUGAAACCGUGCUGCAGAGAAACAAAACUGGAGGCAUUUUUGAAGAGCCCAUGUUGAUCUACUGCAUAAUAUUUAAACUUUGAUUCUAACAUAUGGUAUGGUAUUACGUAUAGCUGACGUGCCAGUGUACGGCUUUAUAAGUCAAGAAUUCUCUGAAUUAUGAUAUAAAUUUGAGUUUACAAGAAUCUUAUUGCUAACAGCAGCUCCAGUAAAUAUCUCAUAUUUUGUGCCUCCUUAAAAUAUGGCAGUGUUACAGACAUGUAUAGCGGUCGCAGUAGUUUUUGGCCGGUGGAAUAUUCAAGGGGAAGGCUAGGAGCUAGUCACUUUUACAAUAGUAUAAUGUUUCAUCUGCCACCGGGAAGGACGAGGCGCUUAUCGGACUGAAAGCCCAAACAAAGCAGAUACACGGACCUUGCCGCCACAAGUACACAGAGUAGGUCCGUUUGCCGGCUCCGCUAUCUUCUCCAUGGGCCAAAAACUACCAUGCCUCCUAUACUACAGCAUCCCCCCCCCUUUCCCUCAGAAGUUUUUAACAUAUACUCCAAGCAGCAAUAGUUUCCCUCUUUUACUUUUCACCGUUAUGUGAUGAGUGGGGAAAAGUAUGGUGUGUACACUUUCCCACAGAAACUUGUUUGUUAUAUCCAAUGGCUGCAGCUGUGUACAAGUGUUGUUGAAUAAUUAUGUAAACAAGAAAAAAUUGCCCAUUUCCUUGAAAGUGUAAAUAAAGUUACAUCCCCCUUGAAUAUGCAGACAGAAAAA